AUGAGUAGGAAAGCUGAAUUUGAAAAGAUAAAAUCUGAAAGUUAUAUAAAAAUUAAAGAUGAUUACUAUUCAAAUAGAAUUAGUUUGCAGGUAUUCUUAGAUAUACUCAUAAUGAAUAAUACAGUAUCAAAUAAUAUAAUAUGGACAGAAGACAUGUAUUUAUAUUUGAUAAAUUGGUGUAUUAAAGAAAGUAAAUAUAUAUUGAAUAAAAUAUUAGAUAAUUCAUCAGAUUUUGAAUGUAAUGUUUGGCAUAAAAUUAAUGAAAUAUUAAAUAUUUUUGAAGAUAAUGAAAAUUCAUAUAAAAAUACAUAUGGGAAAAUAUUAAGAGAAUCAAAAAUAUUCUCAACUAUUAAUAGCCAAUAUAAAUUUGAGGAUGAUAUAUAUAUAUAUGGUACAUAUAUACAUUAUUUUACUUAUUGUAACAAUAAUAAUAAUAUCAAUCGAAUUAUUAAGUGUAUGAAUUGCAAUGGUAUAUAUAAUGUACGCAAUAUGUGUAGAAUAAUUCAAAUAUCAAAUCCAAGGAAAUUAUGUUAUAAUAUAUGCAAAAAAUUAAGAAGUAAAAAAGAUAUAUUAAAUUUAAAUUAUGAUAGUGAUAAGAAGUUGUCUGAAUAUAAUCAGAAUUCUACUUUAUAUAUAGAAAAUAAUCAUGAAGAAUAUUUGCAUGAUUAUAUAUAUUGUAUAUAUAAACUAUUUAAACUAAUGAAUUAUAAUAAUAAUGAUAAUAAUGAUAAUAAUGAUAAUAAUGAUAAUAAUGAUAUUAUUAUUAUUGAAACAUUAUUAUCUUAUAUGCCAAAAUUAAAUGUUUUUGUUAAUAUAAUUGAUAAACCUAAGGUAUCUAAUAUAUUGUUAAACCCAAAAUUAGAUAUCUCAUAUUAUAUUUACGAUAUAUUAAUCAAUAUAUUAAUAAAUGAACAAAAGACUAUUAAUAUUGACAUAAUAAACUUUACUAAAUAUUUCUUUUAUAGAUGGAUUAUAUCAGUACAAGAUUUAUUUAUUGAAGAUUUGAAUAAUGAAUAUAAUAAUGGGAAUAUAAACUAUAAAGUGAUUAAUAUUAUUAAUAAAAUACUUAAAAUAUUAAUAAAUGAAAUUUCUUCAAAAAAUAUUAUUGAAACAAAUAAUAAUAUCCAAGAUAUAGGUAAAGACUUGGUUAUAUUUAUUAUAAUUGUACUGUUUUGGUAUGAUAGAUUAAUAUACCUGAAUAAUAAAAAUAUUAAGCAAAACUUUUUUGAUGACAAUUAUAUUAUCAAAUAUUAUAAAAAAAAUAAUACAUAUAAUUUAUCUAAUAAUAAGAUUAAAAGAUGUUUUAUUGAAUGUUAUGAAGAUAAUGAUAUUGAAAGUAAUAUCAAACAAUUAUGUCAGAGUAUAGAAUAUUACAAUAUAUUUAUUAAUGAGGAAUUACCUAAAAUAUUUGAUAAUAUAAUAUUUAGUGAUACACCAGAAACGUUUUUGAACUGGUUUAUAUCUGAAAAGGAAGACUUAAUAAUUGUUUGGAAUCAAUAUAUUAAAAAAGAUAUAAUUAGUAAUAUUAUAAUGUCUUUAAAAGAACAAGAUACAGAAAAUUUUUUUAAUAAUAGUGAUUCUCAAGAUUGGAUUGAAAAAUAUAAGAUAUUUUAUUAUUGUUCAAGAAUUAAUGGAAUAAGAAGAGUUAAUGGUAUAUAUUUAGAUUAUUAUUUUAAAUUACAAAAUAAUGAAUGUUUGGUUAAUCAAAGCGAAAAGAGUGUAAAAUGUAUAGAAAUGGAUUAUUUAUUAUUGUUAUACUUAAUUAAUAGACUUAAUAGAAUAAUAAAUAAAUUAAUAACUGAAGAAAAUAAAAUUUGCAAUUUAGGUGAUAAUAAAGUACCUCCUUUAUUAAAAAUUAUCAUGAACAUGAUACAAAUUACACUAGUUAGUAUUAAUGACUUAAUAUUCAAUAUUCAAAAUAUAAAUAAAAAUUUUGAUAAUAAUCAGAAGCAAACUAAAAUAUUAUUUUGGAAAUAUUUACUUGGGUAUGAUACAUUAUUGUAUAUAUUAAAUGAUAAUAAAAUAUAUUCACAAAAUGAAGAAUAUUUGGUCGAUUACCAAUUAAAUAGUGAUAUUUUCAAUAUAUAUAAGUAUAGUUUUAUUAAUAAUGAAUUAAGUUUUUAUGGUAAUACACAUCCAUAUUUAAGAAAUAAUGAUAGUAUUAUAAGCUUGAUGAAAUAUCAAAAAAGCUCUGAUACAUUAAGCACCAAUACUAAUAUUAAUGUAAAUCAAGAUAAUAAUCAAUCUAUUCAUAAUAUUUAUAAUACAUAUAAUAAUUUGAAUAAUAAUAUAGAAUAUCCAUGGUAUAUUUUUAGCAAAAAAUAUGAUAAUAUAAUUGGAGUAAAGUUCUUAAAUAUGUUAAUUCAUUUAUUAUUUUAUAGUAGGGUAUCAACAAUAGAAAUAUAUGAAUAUAUAUGGAAUUUAAUUAGCAAGAUAAUGAAAUCAUUUUAUUCUACAGUUUCUAUAGAAAAUAAAAAUAAUAUAUAUAAUUAUGCAAUAGAUCUAAAUUUAGAUAUUAUUUCUAUCAUUCUUGGUAGUAUAAUAAAUUUGAGUAAUAAUGAUAAUAAUAAUUUCAUAAGUAUUUUAUAUGGAUUAUUUAUGUUUGGUAAAUUUUUAAAAGAUUCAUUAAAUAUUAAUAAGAAUAAAUAUAAAAGAGUAUUAGAUAUACAACGUGAAAUAUUAGAUGUUAUAUUAUAUUUUAAAGAAACAUUAAAAUAUUCAUUUCAAUUCAAAAUAUCUAUGAACUAUAUUAGUAAAGCUUUUGUACGUAUUUUAUUAUAUGAAUUAACAAAUUAUUCUAUAUUUAAAUUGAGAAAUAUCAAGAAAUUAUGUAUUCAGAAUGGUGAAAUUGAAUAUUUUAAAUUAAUUUCAGAAUUAAAUAUUAAGGAUGAAACAAGGAAAUCUGAAGAAAUAUACAAUAAGGAAAGUGACUUUGAUGACUUAUAUAUAUAUAUAAAAAUUUUCAAUAUAUUAAUAGUUUUAUUAAAGGAAUUAGGUAAUAUUGAAAUUAUUAUUAAUAAUCUUGAAGAUGAUGCAUCAACAUGCAUAUCUAAUAAUACUAUUAUGAAAGGAGGUAUUUAUACAGUCUUGGAUAUUCUAAUUUUGUUAUAUGGAAAUGAAGUUGUUAAAUUUACUGAAAUAGAAUAUGAAAAUACUGAAGUAUAUAACUCAUCAAAUAAUGAGACAAGAAUUGAUAUAUUAAGCAGGAUAAGUGAUAAUUUACUAAUAAAUAUUAAUGAAGAUUUGGAGAUUUUAGGUAUUAAAAAAGUGAACAUAAUAAUAGAUAAUAAUGAGAUUUCAAAAUCAGAUAUUGGAGACUACUUAAUCAAGGAAAAUAAUGUAAAAUAUAAUGAAGUAGAUGAUGUCAAUAUAUAUAAUAGUAAAUGUAAUUGUAAGGAAUAUAAGAAAAUUAUAGAUAAACUUAAAUCCUCAUAUAAAUUAAAUGAUGAAAUGAAAGAUGAAAUUGGAAAUAGUGACUUAAUUUACAAUGAUAUUGAUUUAAUUGAUGAAACUAUACUCGAUCCAUUUGAAUUUGCUACAGAUUAUUGGAGUAUAUAA